UACACCCUACCCUCCUCAGACCCCACUCGUGGGAUCACACUGGGUAUGUUGUUGUUGCUCUUGUUAAGAAAGUAGGAUUUUAAUUUACUGUUAGAUUUGAGUGAAAGUCUUGAGAAAAUUGUUGGGCUUAAUCAGGUGUUGAACAUCUGUUUUAUGAUUGGUAAGAUACAACACUAGUUUAAUUUUCAGGAAAAUAUAGUGAGUGACUGUUGGGUUGUUGAUUCGGAUUAGCUGUCUAAAUAGAAAUGGCUGAUAAUAUUUUUCAAGUAAUGGUCAAAACAAGAGCCUUUCCUCUAAAUGAUUAAAAGAAGGCUUGGUGAUUCUUGCUAUUGAUGUUCUUGUAUGUUCAAUGCUCCUUCAUGUGAUAGUUCAUGUCUAUAUGGGGCUUUGAUUUCCUUGAUAUUAUAAUAUGAAGCUGUUUAGAUUUCUCGUGGGCGUAACGAGUUCUAGUCUAUUUUUAAAUUUAGAGGAAAAUUAGUAUUACAGUCAUUGUUAUUUGCCUGCCUAAGUUAAAUCAUUGUCCUAAAGCAAAUGAAGAAAUUGAUCAUUUUGGUAGAAUGAGCAGUUCAUGGAGGGUAUGCACUUGGUUGAUUUACAUUGAGAACCAACUAAAUGAACUUUUGUGGGUUACGGUUGAAUCAAAAGUAUGUUAAAACCAAAAAUAAAAUGGAUGACGUCAGUCAAUAAAGCCGGUCUAGGAACGGUAGAGACCGUGAUUUUCACAUUGCACUUUCACUCGCUUUCUUUGUGCUCUGCUCCAUCGAGAUAUCCUUCAACUUUAGAGGCGUCCAUUUCAUACAUAUUCACCAUGGCUCCAGCAACAGCAGAUGCCAUCGAGCCUAGAGUGGAGUCUCUUUUAGGGUUUAUCGAACCACCAGCCGACGACACCGUGGAAGGCAACUCUCUAAGUCUCAAGUUGGUGCCAUGGAUAAGUUGGGAUGAAUGGAACUCUAUUCGAGAUUCCCUUUUCUCUUCUUCUCCUCCAUCUGUUGCUUUUGCUCUUCAAAGGAUAUCGACCUGGAGGAGCAGAGGAUGCCUUCCUGUCGCAGUGGAUGUUACAGCUUCAAUUAUAGAAAUUCAACAGAAAGAUCCCUUUUUCAGGAAGGACCUAGGCGGAAAUGCUCUGCAGUCAGAAGAAAUGCUUUCUAUGCUAUAUUGCAUGGCAAUUAUGAGGCUUGUAAAUGGCAUUGUUGAGAAGACCCGAAAGAAGGCAGUAAUCUCAAUUGCUGAGGCAGCAAAUGCUAUUGGCAUUCCACGUAUGCUCAUUGAUGUUCGCCAUGAGGGCUCUCAUCGUGAUCUUCCUUCACUGCAGUUGGUCCGUCUUGCCUCUACCAAGGCGCUUGACUGGUUGAAAUCAUAUUAUUGGGAACCUCAAAAGAAUGCGAUCCGAAGGGAUUCGACUGCCAAUCUGAGGAACGAAAUUAAACAUAAACUGCUAGAGAUGGCUUUCUGUUUGAAAGUGAAGCAGACUAACAGUUUGCAUACUUCAGGAAAACGAAUAAGACUUGGGCAACUUUGUGCUAGAAAUAAGUUUCUCCCUUUCAUUUCUGGGAAGCUACCAUAUUCUAAAACUUCUGGUUCUAAGAAACAGAUUACUAGAGCUAUGAAGGCCAUUCUUCGAUUAUAUAAUUCCUCAUCUUCAGAAGUUGCAUCUGUACUUUUGGAGCUCAUGCUGCAGACAGUAGAUUCCUCAAAUUUGCCAGGGGACUCGGAGAAUGCUCUAACAAUCAAUGAAACUAUAGACUUGCAUGGUGCAUAUGAUGACUGGAAACCAAUCCUGAAGAAAUUAUCAAAUAGAGAACCGGAUUUGCUUCUGACUCUUCUCAGGGCAGCCCUAGACAAGAUUGAGACUAUGGAAGCCACAAAGCAUGAGCUUGGUGCAAAUGCCCUCUCAGGAAAUGCAAAUGAAUCUCUUUUGAUUGGACAAUUAUCUUACCUGUGUGAACAGAUAGUUGCAAACCUGAAGACACUAAAGCCUCUUAACCAUAAUGAUCUUGGUGCUGAUGGGGAAGACGACUCAAGAAAAUUUUGUCUUCCAGAAGCCACACUACAAGAACUAUUACGUAAAUGUUUAUUCUUGUCCUCUCACGACAAUAAUCAGCUGAUGAAGUCUGCUCUUGUCAUUGCUCAGAUGAUGGGAAGGAACUCUUUCAUCCAUAAGUUAAAUAAGCUCUGUUCACUGAGUGUGUUUGAUUCAGAGAUUAUUCACUCAGAUCCUUCCACCAAUAGUUCAGAAAGCUUCCUACUAUCCAGAGAAGAAGAUUCUCUUGGCCAAGCUGCACAGAAGCUUGAACUGAUUAUGCGUCGAGUUGUAAAGGGCAAUAACAGGGACACAACAGAUACUGGGAGCCAAUGGGUAGUUGCAAAAACAUGGAAAGCAUGCCCCAUUGGUAUGCUGCCCCAUGCAUUUGGUUCUACUGGCCGUCUUCCGAUUCUUGAUUUUGUUGAUGAUUCAGCAGAAGGUGCAAAAUCAUCAGACAAUGAAAUCCCAGAAACCCAUAAUUGUGGAUGCAAGCGUGCGAUCGAAUGCUUGGACGAUCCUAAUAUGAAGAAAAUGAGGAAGACACUGGAGCCUGGUGAUAAUCAGUGGGCGGAGAAUAUGGAGAUUGAAAACGAUUUUCUCUCGGACGAAAAUGGUCAUAACGACGUGCCUCUGGAAGGUUCAAAAGGCCACCUGAUGAUUGAUGGAGUGUGGAAGAAGGUUUCAACGGAGGAGCUGUGUGAUAUUGCAGCAGCUGUGAAGAUUUUGAUUUAAACAAAGCCUUGUGAGAUGGCCUCACUUUCCGGGGGCCGGGGGCGUUCUUAGGGAGCAAAAUGAAAAGGGUUUUCUGUUGUACAUCUACCACCAGUUUUGCAGCUUAUAGAUUAUUGGGCUACAGAUUUUGCUCGUAAUUCCAGAUAUUUAACAUUGCCUUCCCUGCUUAAUGGUGCUGUUAGAUUUUGUGGUUAAUGAUAUAAUUUUGGUCAUGCUACAAUUGACAUUGUUUCAUACUAAAUUCAAUGAAGUAUUACGUGUAUUUAUAC